UUUGCUAAGAGAAGUGCAUUCCGAGGUGUUCCAGCGCCUCUGCAUUCAGUAGCGCUGCCCCUUUAAGAAAGACGGGGGCGCCUGAAUUAGUUUAUUGUACUGUACUGUACAAAUAGGUGGAUAAUCUGUACUUCGACACCGUUGUUCAUUCUGAACCGUAAUUCACCCAGCCUAUACUACCAUUGAGCACAGCAGUCAGCCAGCUGCCUAUGGACCGUGGGUACAAGAUCAUUAUAUGUAAUUGUAGUGCUUUAUUUGUUUUGUAGCUAUUUCAGUUAGGAAACUAUGGCGUGUGACGAGCUGACAUCGAAGCUGAACCGGCGACUGCAGAUCGAGGAAGGCGGAGAAGAACCGGCGGCAAUGAACGAGCCGCAAGCAAACGGAGCCGAAAAGCCGACCACGGCCAACGCCGACUCGGAGCUGGGAGCCAAGCUUCUCCGCCGGGGGGAGUUGAACGACGGAGUGGGUGGGCAUCAUCAACCCAGCAUGAAGGUGUUCAAUCCAUACACCGAGUUCAAGGAAUUCUCCAGGAAACAAAUCAAAGACAUGGAAAGAAUGUUCAAACAGUACGACGCAGGAAGAGACAACUACAUCGACCUGAUGGAACUGAAGCUGAUGAUGGAGAAGCUGGGGGCUCCACAGACUCACCUGGGCCUGAAGAACAUGAUCAAGGAGGUGGACGAGGACUUUGACGGCAAGCUCAGCUUCAGAGAGUUCCUGCUGAUCUUCCGGAAGGCUGCGGCAGGCGAGCUGGCGGAGGACAGCGGGCUGCACGUUCUGGCCAAGCUCUCCGAGAUCGACGUGUCCACUGAGGGCGUGAAGGGAGCCAAGACCUUCUUCGAGGCCAAAGUCCAGGCGAUCAACGAGUCGAGCCGCUUCGAGACGGAGAUUCGGCAGGAGCAGGAGGAGAAGAAGAGGCAGGCGGAGGAGAGGAAACAGAGACAGGCUGCCUUCAGGGAGCUGCAGUCCACCUUCAAGUGACGGGCCGAGCCUGGUCCCGCUCACCCGUGUCUGUUCUGUCCGUCUGUCCGUCUGUCUGUCUGUCUGUG